AAUAAUAUAUUGGAAAAAAGUAACACCUUAACCAAAUCUUCUUGUCAAUGCUUAAAUAAAGACCCCUUGAUCAGAUCCUGUCAAUUUUCUUCUCCCUUCAUUUUCACUUAUUCAUCACCUUCCUCAUGGCUGAUCAACCAAGUGAUCAUGUCUACUAUCACGGUCCAUUUCAUGAUAAUCCACGAUUUUUUACGCCGAAUUCUUCGUCUGGUGUAGCUGAUCCCUCCUCAUACUCGAGCUUCACUGAUUGUUUGCAUGGAUCAACUGAUUAUGAGACUUUUGCUGAUGCUUUUGGCCUCUCACCUCCUUUGCAAGAACACUUUUCUAGUAGUAUAGAUGAUCAAAAGGUGAAAAUGGAGACCGGAGACUCUUCGAUGGUCUUAUCUUCGUCCACUGAGGCUGGUGAUGAUGAAGAAGGAAGCAAUAUCAAGAAGCUGGAGAAGCAAUCUAAAGGGCUUGCUGAAGAUGGAGGAGAGAGUUCAAAGAAAGUGAGCAAGGCUAAGAAGGGAGUUAAAAAGGAAAAAGAGCCAAGAUUUGCUUUCAUGACAAAGAGUGAGAUUGAUAAUCUUGAAGAUGGAUAUAGAUGGAGAAAAUAUGGACAGAAGGCUGUCAAGAAUAGCCCCUACCCAAGAAGCUACUAUCGGUGCACAACUCAAAAAUGCACGGUGAAGAAGCGAGUAGAGCGAUCAUUUCAAGACCCUACGACGGUGAUCACAACUUAUGAAGGAACACAUAACCAUCACCUGCCAGCUACUCUCCGAGGAAAUGUUGCAGGAAUGUUUCCUCAUCCAAUGCUGAAUCCUGGAAACCUGGGCGCUGGACUCGGGUUCCCUCAUCAUUUAGUUCAAAGGUCUCCGAUGAAUCACCUUAUUCUUAAUUAUGGAAGUCAUGAUGGACGUGGAUUAAACUCUUCUAUGUAUCAGCAGCAGCAGCAACAGCAGCAGGAGGAUCAUAUGAGCCAAUAUCCGCAGCUCCAACUUUCCGAAUUUGGCCUUCUACAAGACAUUGUUCCAUCCAUGGGAGGUUUUAAACAAGAACCAUGAGUGAUGAAUAAUGAUAGAUCUAAAUCAUGUAACCUCUCUAACUCUGACCAAAGGGUUUCCCUCUAUAUGGUAGGUAUCUUAUAAUGUACCUCUCCUUUUGGUCAUUAAUUACUGCUUUAUAUAUAUAUAUUAGAGUUAUACUAGUAUUUUUCUUGUUUGAGA